AUGGCCGAUAUAUUAGAAGCAUAUGAACAGAGUCUAAGUGAAUUAACCUUCAAUUCACGUCCUAUAAUUGAUACUUUAACAACUAUAGCCAAAGAAAACUCAACAAUAGCAGAUGGAAUAAUUGAUUUAAUUAGUCAACGAAUCUAUAAAGCCAUACCCGAUCAAAAGUUAUUUGCAUUAUAUUUAUUAGAUUCUAUAUGUAAGACCAUAGGAAAUCCUUAUUGUAUGUUAGUUGGAGAUGACAUAUUUGCAUUAUAUUCUCAUGUAUUCCAAUUGGUAAAUGAACAAACACGAACUAAAUUAGUUGGAUUGUUUGAAACUUGGAAGGUUUCAAAAGUAAGAGGGACUACUGAUCCAUUGUUUCCUAGAUCACAAAUUGAUAAGAUUGACCAAUUUCUUAAUAAGGCAGGAUAUCCCAAGAGUUCAAGCGGAGGGAAAAAGACGAUGUCAUUGACUAAUAAAUCAUUGAUUGAUGAUAUAAAUCAAUUAAUUCCAUUAUUUGAAAGAAAAUUGAAAUCAAGUAAUGAUAUAAAAGUAAAAGACAAAUAUGAAGCAUUAAAACAAUUGAAAUUAUUAUUAAAUAGUCAACAAAUGAAACAAGUUGAAUUAUUGGCAGUUCAGAGUCAACUUAAUAACAUCAAAGAACAAGAAUUAACUCCUACACCACCACCAGCCGCGAAUGCUGCUCCCCUUCAAAUACAGAAACAACAGCAACAAGUCCAACAACAACAACCCAGAAUAAACCCAGCGAUUGCCAUCUUCCCGCAACUCAUACAAUCCGGUCUAAUCAAAAAACACCAAGAACCAAUUCCUGGAUCCAAACCUAGUUAUUCCCUAGUAUUCCCUAAGAUCAAAUAUGUCAAGCCAUCUAAUGAACUUCCAUCAAAUAAUACAUUAGAAGACAUCUUAAAUGCCAGUUCUUCAAUUCAACGUUCCGAAUAUGAAAAAUUAAAAUUUGGUGAAUUAUUACUCAUCACCAAGAAAAUCACCAAUACAUCCCUACAAGAUUUCAUCAAUGGGAACAAACCAACCACACAAACAAUUAAUCUAUUAUAUGAUGCCAAACCAUCGAAAUGUUCCAUAUGUGGUAAGAGAUUUUCCGUGGAUGAUGAAGGUAGUGCCACAAGAAAGAGAUUGCAUUUAGAUUGGCAUUUCAGAAUCAAUAAGAAAUUAUCCGCCCUGGGUGGUGGUGGUGCUGGUGGCGGGUCAGCUGGAUCGAAUGUUCAAUCUCGGGGCUGGUAUUUGGAUGAUUAUGAUUGGGUUAAGUUUAAGGAUGAUGCAUUGUUGGAAUAUGCCACUACGGGGGAAACACAACGAGAAAUGGAAGCAGCCGCAGCAGCAAGUGAUGUGGAUGUAUAUGAUAAGAAUCAUAAGGUUCCAUAUGUUGUGGUGGCUAGUUCUGAUACUAAUAUGAAUAAUAGAUGUUUGAUAUGUCGUGAACAAGUGAAGGCUAGUUAUAAUGAUGAGAUUGGAGAAUGGUGUUGGUUUGGAUGUAUGAAGAAUCCUGGGGAAGGGAAAAAUAGUAGAAAGAUUGUUCAUGUAAGUUGUUUUAAUGAAUCUAAUAAGAAACGUUCAGCUGAGGGUGAAGUUGGUGGAAUCAAUGUUAAAAGAGGAAAAUACUGA